AAGAAGAAGAAGAAGAAGAAGAAGCCGAAGGAAAAAAAAGAAGAAGAAGAGGAGGACAAAUGAUGCGCACCCUCCGCCAAUAUGAAGGCACACAGGGCAGUUUCUGCCUUUGAUUUUAAAGAAUAAGCCUUGUUAUGUCUACUAGUGCUGAAUCCACUAACUGGACUAAAGUAGAUGAGACACCGAAUUAAUAUCUUGGUCCUGCAGAAUGUCCAAGAUCAGGCGGAAGGUAACAGUGGAGAAUUCAAAAACCAUAUCUGAUAGCAGCAGCAGCAGCAGCACCACGACCAGCAGCACCAGCAACCCCACCGCCCCCUCCCGCCGGCCCAGUGUGUUUGAAAGACUCGGCCCCAGCACUGGGAGUAAUGCUGCUGACAGUCACUGUAGAAAUUGGCUGAAGACCGGUAAUUGCAGUUACGGCAACACUUGUCGCUACACACAUGGAACUCAGCCACGAGGCAAAGGAUUUAGCUUUAGUCGCAGGUCAGCCGAGAGACCCACAGGUGAUCUGCGGGAGAGGAUGAAGAAUAAAAGACAGGAUGUUGACCCAGAAAACCUGAAGCGAGACCUAGACGAGCCCACAUCCCCCACAGCGAGAAGAGAUUCCACCAGAGGCCGACACAGGGAAAAGGAAGAUAUAAAGAUCACAAAGGAGUGCACCCCAGCCAGUGAAGAAGAGCCCACAGAGUGGGAAACCAAUCGUGAAGACUCAGAUAUCGGUGAUUACGACUACGAGUUGUCCCUGGAGAUGAAGCGCCAGAAGAUUCAACGUGAGCUGAUGAAAUUGGAGCAGGAGAACUUGGAAAAGAGGGAUGAGAUUGUCAUCAAGAAAGAUGAGACCCACACCAAAACAAGAGCCACUGCCAUGCCCAAGGCCUCCCCUGAGCAGUUAAGCAAUAAAGAUUCACCCUCACCCAGGAAGUCCAGUGGAUCCCCAAAACACAAAAGUGGAACCAAAGGCCCAGGCUCUGGGAAGAAAGAGAAGAAGAUGUCAGAAUGUGUUACAGAAUCUGCCAGGUCUUCAAAAGGGAGCCACAGUAAGAAGAAAGGACCCCGUACCCCCAGUCCUCCUCCCCCAGUCCCUCUGGACAUUCCUGUGAUUGGGAAGAAACACAAAGGCAAGCACAAAAACAAGGAGAAGUCUGAGGAGAAGCAGAAGGAUGGAAAAGAUCGGGGACGAGAUACAGAGAAGCACAAAGAGAAGAAGGAAAAACGCAGGGACCGAUCAGACAGUUCCCACAAGGCCAAGCGGUCAGUGACAUCAGAGGAGCGUUCUGGUAGUGUGUCAUCUCCCUCCAGGGGCACUUCACCCUCAGCCAGGAAGAAAUCCACCUCCCCUAAAGCUUUGUCCCAUAAGACCCCUGUGCUGGCCUCCCCUCCUCGCAGGUCUCCCUCUCCUCCACGCCGCCAGCGCACCCCCACUCCUCCCCGCCACCACUCCCCUUCCUCCCAUUCAGGUUCCUCUGCCCAGCGGCAUUCUUCGUCUCCUCGUCGCCGUCGCUCGUCCUCUCCCACCUACCACCGGAGCACAGCAGCCCAGGCCUCCCCUCCAAGCUCCCGGCGCUCCCGAUCACCUCCUGCCUCCCACAGCACCUCCUCGCCCCACCGCCGAUCUGACAGGUCGAGCCCCAGCCGGCGCCACUCCAGGGGUCGCGAGAGGAGCCGUGGAGAAAGAGAAAGGAGUCCGCCUGCCCAGGAGCGCAGCAGACAUGAGCGCAGAGAUGGAAGCCGCAGCAAGCGAGAGAAGGACAGCAUCCGCGAUGACCGGGACUAUGACUCCGAACAGGUCUCAUCACGGGACACUCGCGAUGACAGGGAGACCAGAGAGGCUCGUGAGCGACGGGACACUCGCGAUCGAGGAAGGGAAACAAUCCGAGACUCUCGCGACCACCGGGACAACAGGGAUGUAAAGGAUUCCAGAGAGAGCAGGACAGAGACCCGCUCCAGUCGAGAGUCACUGGAAAUUCGUGACCGCGAACGGGAACGGGAGAGGGAACGGGAGAGGGAGAAGGACAGAGAUCGAGAAAAGGAGAGGGAGAGGACUGACACCCACAGGAAGGAGGACCUGGCUCAGGAGGACAGGAGUUAUGGGAGAGGUCAUGGACGCGAAGAUGGAGGGAGAGCUGAUGGAAGGACGGAGAACAGGACAGACAGAGCUGAGAGGAAUGGACGAGGGAGAGGGCGUGCUAAUGAAAUGUCUGAUAAAGGGUCUAACAGAAACUCCCGGGGUUCGCAACUGGAAAGCAGCCAUGACAACUGGGAGUCACGGAGCAGUGCGGUGCGUGAACGCAGUGCAGAGAGGAGCACCGAUCGCAGUGCUACCGAAAGAAGCUCUGAGAGGGGUUCAGACCGAGAUCGCUAUGAGGGUGACAGGAGAGGAGAGCCAGCCCGAGACUCCUCUUACGACAGGAGAGGAGGGCAUGGAGAGCGGGAUCGCAGAGACAACCGAGAAAGAGAUCAAAGAGCCUCUCCAAAUAGACACCAGGGGAGAUCAGAGGAGUCUGAGAGGGAGGAGAGGAGGGAGGAGCGCAGGACAGAUAGAGCAGAAGACAGACGAGAGGACAGGCCCCGCGACCGGGAACGAGACAGGGAGAGAGAGAAAGAGAAGGAUAGAGAGAGGGAGAGGGAAAAGGAGCGAGAGAAGGAGAGGGAGGCCGAGAAGGAGCGGGCCAGGGAGAGAGAGCGGGAACGAGAACGGGAGAGGGAGAGGGAGCGAGAGAGGGAAAAGGAGCGCGAGGAGAGGGAGAGGGAGAGGGAGGAACGGGAGAGAGAGAGGGAGAGGAAGGAGCGAGAGAGGGAGCGGGAGAGGGAGAGAGAGAGGGAGAGAGAGAGGGAGCAGCGGGAGCGAGAGAGGCAGCGGGAAUGGGAGGAGCGAGAGAGAGGGAGAGAGGAAAGGCGGGAGAGGAGAGAUGACGUCAGGGAUGACCGGCCCGUUCGAGACACCCGGGACGAUCGCAAGACGAGUCGUAAGAGGCCCAGGGUGGAGAGCAGCCCGAGCCCGCGAACCUCACCUAAGCGAGCAACACGGGACCUCAGUCCGGCAGACAGCGAUGGCUACAACAGUGCAGAAGAGAAAAGUGCCGACAAGCAUCGUCUGCUGAGCCAGGUGGUGCGGCCCCAGGAGCCCUUGCUACGUUCUCCACCACGGGCUGCUCCAUCUGAUGACAAGCCCAGUCACUGGAAGGAUGAGGAGCGCAGAGGAGCCGGGGACAAAAGAGAAGCACGCAGCCGCCUUGAGGACCUGGAACCUCGUGUGGAACGAAGCAGAGGAGGAGGCGACAGACGAGGAGAGCACCUUGUUGCAGACACCCUGUCUGACUCCCGUAGCAGAGGCAGAGACCAGCGAGAACCCACGCCGCCUCCACCUCCUUCAGCCCUCGCCACUGGCAGCGAAGACAGAGACACUGCUGGCUCCCAGUCCCAUGAGGAGGGCAAAAAGAAGACAAAGUCUCAGAGGAAGGGCUUGAAGAAGGUUCGCAAAGAAGAGGAGGUUGGAGGUGGCAUCAGCCUGGCUGGUGCAGGAGAUCGUUUCAACCCUGAGCCCCCAAUAGGCAGUUCUACAGAUGGACCUCCACCCUUACACUCCCCCAGGAAAGGGGCCAAGAAGAAGGCGCUUGAACGAAAGAGGAAACUGUCACGAGGAGCAGAAUCUGAUGUGUCUGACGAGGAUUCGUCAGCCCAUCAACCACAUAGUAAGAGGAAGAAAGGUCCCCGGACGCCACCACCCUCGAUGAGGCCUGAUCACCGCAGUACUGGAGUCAACGCAGAGCCGUCUCCACUGUCCAAAAUGGACAACUUCAGUGACUGGUCAGAUGAGGAGGUCACAGACCGAGGAGGACCACUGGAAACGCAAGCACUCCUGGCUCCCGCUGAGAGGGCUUCUGCUGAGACUCUGAGGAGAGGUGCUCCGAGGAUGGGCAGGGACAGGGAGCGAUGCAACCCCCCUCCCAUCGCCCCUCUACUCCCCCAGGAUCCUCCAAUGCUGCUGCAGACUCUGACUCCUCAGCCCCUCAUGUCCCAGCCCCUGCUCCGCAAACCUCCCCCAGAGCAGACGCGCAGCAGCAGCAUGGGAAGCAACCAGAGCCGCACAUCAUCCAGACGCCUGCGAUCACCAUCCAAUGAGUCAGCCCACCGAGAUGACCCCCAAGGUCCGCGAUCUCGUCGGGGCAGGCUGCAGGGCACCAACUCUCGUGACCGAGAAAGAGAACGAGAGCGGGAGAGAAUAGGAGAGAGAGAGCGGGAGAGAGAGAGGCCGGUCGUGAAUGACCCUCCAGGGGCAGAGAGGAAGUCUCGAAUUGACCAGUUGAGGCGAGGGGAGCCCAGCCGCAGCACCUCCUCAGACCGGCAAGAUUCCCGAAGCCACAGCUCCAGACGCAGCUCUCCUGACUCUGAGAGGCAGGCCACAUCCAGGUCCCGCGCCGGCUCCUACGACAGUCGGGAACGUGAGAGAGAUAGGGAGCCAUUCGAGCGGGAGCGGGAGCGAGACCGAAAGGAUCUCCGGCCUCAGCAGCAGCAACAGCAGCAGCAGCAGCAGCCCCUCCUCCUCCAACAGCCCCUACAACAACAGAGAGACUGGGAGCCCGAACCUAGGGACUGGCCUAGCAGGGGACGGGAGCCCCUACUGAUGCGUCCUGGCCGUGAACCUCUCCUGAGAGAGCGGGAUAUCAGGGACAGAGAACGCUUACUCCCUGAAGGACUCAUCCAGCAGCACGAACGGGAGCGAGAGAGGGAGCGGGAGAGAGACAGUAGAGGUGACAGAGGCGGUGAUCGUGAGAGGGAGAGGAUGAUGAUGAUGGACCUACCGCCCCACUGUGACCCCAGGGCUCCAGGACGAGGGGACCUGAGGGGUGAAAUCAGAGGAGACCUGCGAGGGGACAUGAUGAGACAGGACAGGGGCGACUAUGAGCCUCUGCUGCCAAGAGAAGCCUUCAGCCCUCCAGAGCCGGAGAAACCGAGCAACAGUCACCAUCUCAUGGGAGAGCAACGGGAACUGGAGAAGACAGACAGCAUCGACGGGGACGAUGAUGGGAAAGAAGACGACGGUCAGUCAGUCGCAUCUGUUGGAGAGGAGUAUGAACCAAUCAGUGAUGAUGAGCUGGAUGAAAUUUUGGCUGACAGCCAGAAAAAAGAGGAUCAGCAAGACGAUGAGAAAAUUACAGGUCCUCUGGAUGUGAUUGAUGUGGACUGGUCCAGCCUGAUGCCCAAACAGAAGCAGGAACCCCGGGCAGCAGGGGCAGCGUUGCUCCGAUUCACACCAGGGGCCGUGCUUCUUAGGGCGGGCAUAUCCAAGCGACUUGCUGGGCCUGAGCUCAUGGAGCAAGCCAGAGAGGUGUGCAAGUCUGAGCUGGACGACCCCAAAGAUGCUGACAAGCUGUUUGAGCAUGACUUGGGGGCCCUGAAUAUGGCAGCCAUGAACAGGCGGGUGGAGAGGGCAGGUUUACUGAGCAACCUUGGGCCCUGCUGCAAGGCCCUGUGUGCCCGCAGAGACUUCGCCAUCCGCCGGCAGCUGCUAAAAAAUGACAAGGGCCUAACCAAGCAGUAUCCCACUACUCCCGUGGUAGACAACGAGCUGCUGCAGAUGAGCAUGCGUCUCUUCAGAAGGACCAUGGCUGGCCAGACCUCAGGCCCAGAAAGGUCUGACGGUGGGUCAGUGCCUGCACCCGAGGUUGCUGCAGCUGGUAGCAGUAGUAAGCUCAGCACAGCACAGCCUGAGGUGUGUGUGUCCUGAAAGAAACAAGCUUAGUAAGUCAAACACAUGAAAGUGAACGCUUCUAAGCCUUUACUUCUUCCAGCCCCUAACUCUCCCUGACUCUGUCGCAUUGCAUUACAUACAUACAUACAUUCAUUACAUACAUAGCCUUUUUAGUCAUGAGAGGAAAUAAAAAAAAAACAAAUGAAAAAUUGUGAUUCUUAUUCAGUUAUGCUUUACAUGUUUUUGAUGAUCUGCAAGUGCUGUCCCAUAGACCACUGGACAUUGUAGCCUAUGGAGGUGUGUAAUGAAUCGUGUACGAGAAACAUAAAACUCACCUAAAAUGACUUCAUGUUUUUUGUGCAGUACAAUGUCUUAGAGCAGCUUUUUAAUUGUCAGUUUUACCUGCCUAACCAAGUUCAAAUGACUGUUUUGUUUUCAUAUAUUGUGCAUUGGUUACUACAACUGUGCAUUAAACUGGUUAGAUGUUGA